AUGAGCCUUCGUGAAUACUGCACAAUACAGAAGUCAGAAAACAUUGCCCUCCACAAACCGGCAUGGCAACUUCAUCAAUACAACCCAGGUGACAACAUAUUUGAUGCGAGCAAAGCUGUGGAUGGACUCAAAUCUGACCUCAGAUGGGAUGCAGGACAGUGUGUCUUAUCGGAAAUUAAUCAACAUAUAGCUACAUGGAGAGUGGAUUUAAAGAACAUCCUCAGCAUACGUACCAUUAUCAUUUAUUACAGGACGGAGAAUGGUGUCUGGGGUUCCAUGAACACCUUUUCUGGGAGAUUUUUGGGAUUUUCGUUAUACGUAUCAAACACAACCGACAGAACAGACGGUACAUUGUGUUUCCACGAUACAAACUACACAACAGCCACCAUACCCGCCGUCCUCAACGUCACGUGUCCAGUUCACGGACGAUACGUCAUCUACUACAACGAAAGACUACCAGGAGUUACCUACCCUGCUGGUUAUAGUACCUACGCAUUUAAUGAACUUUGUGAAGUAGAAGUAUACGGAUGUCCAAGUCCUGGAUAUUUUGGAAUAGCCUGUUCCCUUCCAUGUCCAAUCAGCUGUAGAACUGUGUAUUGUCACAUAGAGACAGGGGCGUGUCAGGGGUGUAAACCUGGAUAUAAAGGUCAUCGCUGUGACAGAGGUAUGAUAUUAUCGCCAAAUAUAUGCAAUGUUUUCCCCUGUAUGUAGUACUCUUCAGUGUCUGAUUAAUUUAUUUAAUAUUGUUUAACAAUCUUUCACUCACAUGGAUACGCCACCUGGAGAGCUGCUGAAUCUAGGCCAAUGUUCGGUGCUCACGACAUUUGGGAGGGAUCUUUAUCGUGUCACACCUGCUGUCAUAUGGGGCCUCGUAUUUUGCAGUAUCCACGGGACUUCAGGGUCUCUAUUUGCUAACGCUUUUGUCGACGAACCAACAUGUAUGUUUUAAUGCAUAUCAGUGACGCAGUUGUGUUAAGUAGGGCCAUAGAAAUAUAUCAGGAAAAAAGCAUUAAUAAACAGAUCAAUUUGUGACAAAUUCUGUAAACACAACCCUUUUAUACAAAAACAAUAUGUAUAUAUCAUUAAGUGCAUGUUGACCUCUUAUACAUUUUUCACCAGACCGACAGCCUCAACAUCAACUCUAUCAAGUGAUCAAAUAUCAAGAUAAAAACGUAUCGUGUAUGUAUAAAUCGUAGAAUUGGCACGAUAUCCAGAUAUCAAUGCAAGUUGAAGUUAAAAUAACUUCAAAGCAUAUUGAUUUCUUAAUUUGAAAAGUGCUGAGAGCAAGUUUAUUGUGACUUGCAACAUGUCUAAUUUUUGCAUUGAAUAUGCAAGAUGCAGCGAUUUGUGCACAUACGAAGUUGUAUCUAGCCUGAAAAACAUAUUUUCUGUUGAAGCCAGAACUUACUCCCCUAACUUUCCUUUGGCACUGAAGUUCACAUGUCACAUAAAUCAAACAUCUUUCACUUAAAAACCUCGAGGUGUCGUGCCAAUGAUGAUUUUUUUAUGUACGGAAACCCUGUUUAUGCAAAGGAGUCCAUUGUGAAAGUAACUAUACGUGUAGAUUCGGGGCGAUAUCAAUAUCACAAUAUAAUAUGGAUAUCACUUUAGCAUGUAUGCUAGAUAAAGAAGAAAUUGAAACUUUUUCAAUAUCAAAAAGAAUUAAUAUAACCCUUUUGACAGAAACUUACGCGAUUGCAGUUUACCGUUUGACAGCGGUGGUAAAUAACGAAACAAUAUUUUGACAUCUCCAACCACAAAAGGACUGUAGAUAUGUACGUCAUGACCUUCGUCAUGACGUAAUUUUCAUUGUGACGUCGUGUAAAUGUGUCAGUGCGUUAAAGUAUAUGUAUGUACAGCACUGGUAUUAACAAUUUUAUGGGGAAAGCCUUAACUCAACCGCGGAGUCAAAAUCUAUGUUGUUACUUAACUUUUCAAAACGGAUACCGGGCACUUCUUAUGGUCAAUUCACUAUCAAUGACAAUGUAAAUAAAUCAAAAUACUUUUUUUUUUUAAUUUUACAGUUUCUAGGUUUCGUUCUUAAAAUGUGCAAUGAUGCAUAUGCUUUUAUUUGUUGAAGAAACAAAAAUAGCGAGAUAUUUGAUUAAUUGAUUAAGCUGUUCUUGAGUUUUAGGGUAUAUUAUCUAACUAGAAUCAAUGUUUGACCAAGUCUCAAUAUUCACAAGUAGACCUCAUCAAAAUCAAGAAUUACAUAAUGUCCCAGCCCCGAUUAUUUACAUAGAUAGAUAAAUUGUUAUAACGAUCAUAUAAUUUGAGAAAUGCUGACCUUAAACGAGACUGUUGAAACCUUGUCAGUAGCCUGUCUCUAUUUGAAAACUGAUCAUACGCAGAACAAGCUCUUGUGUAUCUUACGUAUCGAAUCAGUUGAGAGAUAUAAACACCAUAUGCAGGUGAUUAUGGAAUUUUGCUACACAAAUAUUAUAAGUUGAUGGAGAAGUUAAAGUUGUCCCGUUUAUUAUAAAGUUGCGUUGUUAGUUUGCCGUUAAUAUCUAUUUUUAAUAACUGCCGCGGUGGUCUAGAGGUUAGAGCGUUCACACCCGCAUGCGGAAGGCUGGGGUUCGAAUCCCGGCCGCGAGAGACCUCGGUCGAUUAAACAGGUAGUAACAGUUCCAUCCCCAAACGCUCGGCAUCAGGUGUGAAUGUCAUGGGUUCUCGGAGAAGACUUUAAAAACGGAUGUCAUAGUAGGUGUGGCACGCUAAAGAACCCUCACUCCUCAAUGGCCGUAAGUGUCGAGCAUAGGCCUAAAUUUCAAGCCCUUUAUCGGUCUCGGUGACGUCUCCAUAUCACUGAAAAAUUCUGGAGUGAAAUGUUAAGCAAGAUACAACAAAUCAAUCAAUCUAUUUUCAAUAUGUCCACGUAUGAAUCAGAAGUGAAUGACUCCGUUGUGUUGUUUAUUUCGUGUUCACAUGGAUAUAUUGAAUGGAUAUAUGAAUGAAAAUUGUUAUUGUUAUUAUUGUUCUAUAUAUUGACAUUAUCUUUGUGAAAGUGAGAUAUAUAUCAUUAUGUGUGUGUGUUAUGCUAUUGUUUCGUUCUUUUUAUAUCAUGUAUUCAUAUUUAUAUACUAAUUUUAUAUCUAAUUCAAAGUGUCUUAUGCUUUAUUGUUUCCUUUCCUAUCAUGUAAUCAUAUUUUGAUGAUAAUUUUAUAUCUGUAUGUAUUUCAAUACAGGACCACAAUGGAAACAACUUUAUAUGGUAAUUUGUGUCAUCCUGGAUAAAUAAAGGCUAUCAUUAUCA